AUGUCUACUGUUACUAAAACAAUUGUGGUCCUACCUGGUGACCAUGUCGGGACUGAAAUUACUGAAGAAGCUAUUAAAGUCUUAAACGCCAUUAGUGAAAGUCGCCCAAAUAUUAAAUUUGAAUUCCAACAUCAUUUAAUCGGUGGUGCUGCCAUUGAUGCUACUGGUGUUCCAUUACCCGACGAAGCAUUGGAAGCCUCUAAGAAAGCCGAUGCUGUCUUAUUAGGUGCUGUUGGUGGUCCAAAAUGGGGUACCGGUGCUGUUAGACCAGAACAAGGUUUAUUAAAGAUACGUAAAGAAUUAGGAUUAUACGCAAAUUUGAGACCGUGUAACUUUGCCUCAGAGUCUCUACUUGAUCUAUCGCCAUUAAAACCUGAAUAUGCCAGAGGUACUGACUUCUGCGUCGUUAGAGAAUUGGUUGGUGGUAUCUACUUCGGUAAGAGAAAAGAAGAUGAUGGUGAUGGUAUCGCUUGGGAUAGUGAACAAUACAGUGUUCCGGAAGUUCAAAGAAUCACUAGAAUGGCUGCAUUCAUGGCUUUACAACACAACCCACCUCUACCAAUCUGGUCUCUGGAUAAGGCCAAUGUCCUAGCUUCCUCUAGAUUAUGGAGAAAGACCGUUGAAGAAACCAUUAAGAAUGAAUUCCCAACUUUAAGCGUCCAACAUCAAUUGAUCGAUUCUGCAGCUAUGAUCUUAGUCCAAAAUCCAACUAAAUUGAACGGUCUAGUUAUCACCAGUAAUAUGUUUGGUGAUAUCAUCUCUGAUGAAGCCUCUGUCAUUCCAGGUUCUCUAGGUCUAUUGCCAUCUGCUUCUCUAGCCUCUUUACCAGACACAAACAAAGCAUUCGGUUUAUAUGAACCAUGUCACGGUUCUGCUCCAGAUUUACCAAAGGGUAAAGUGAACCCAAUUGCUACAAUCUUAUCUGCAGCCAUGAUGUUGAAACUUUCUCUAGAUAUGGUUGAAGAAGGUAUUGCUGUUGAGAAAGCAGUAAAGAAAGUUUUGGAUAGUGGUGUUAGGACUGCUGAUCUACGUGGUACAAACUCUACCACUGAAGUUGGUGAUGCCGUUGCCGCUGCCGUAAAAGAAUUUUUAUAG